AUGUUCGGACAACGCAUUAUUAUACCUCAAAUUUUCCGAAAGCGCAUUCUUAAAGAAAUUCACCGAGGUCAUCAAGGCAUAGGUCGUACUAAAGCCAUCGCGCGGAACUACGUUUAUUGGUCAAAUAUCGAUCACGAUAUUGAAGCAAUGGUGAAAAGUUGUUCAAAUUGUGCCGCAGCAGCUAAAAUGCCCACAAAAACAACUUUACAUCCUUGGCCAAAACCUUCUGAUUCUUGGGAACGGCUCCAUAUUGAUUAUGCAGGACCAAUAGAUUCAUACUACUAUUUGGUCGUAAUCGAUGCGUUCUCAAAAUGGCCAGAAAUUAUACAAACAAAAUCUAUAACAGCAACUCAAACAAUUUCCAGCUUGAAAGAAAUUUUCGCUAGAUUUGGGUUACCGAAGACAAUAGUUUCAGACAAUGGUACUCAAUUUGUGAGUCACCAAUUUCAACAGUUUUUAGCGGAAAACGGCAUUAGUCAUAUACGAAGCAGUCCGUACUAUCCCAUGUCAAAUGGACAAGCCGAAAGGUUUGUGGAUACUUUAAAACGAGCACUCAAAAAGUUAAAUGGGAAGGGGGUAACUGCUGAAAAUCUUCAAACAUUUCUACAAGUUUACCGAUCAACUCCGAAUAAGCAAAAUGAGGACAGUAAAUCGCCAGCUGAAGUUUUACUAAAAAGAAAUAUCCGUAUUAAACUUGACUUAAUUAAACCAACGCCAAAUGCCAAGUUUAAAAAGAAGUGCGAUACACAACUCAAAAUGAAAGCGCAAUUUGACAAAAGGCACGGUGCAAAGCCAAAGUUUUACGAAAAACAAGAGCUCGUUUAUGUCAAUAUAUUCAAAAACAAACACUUUGAAUGGACAAAAGGUAAAAUAAUCGAACGCAUAGGUAACGUCAUUUAUAAUGUUCGCUUACAAAAUGGCAAACUUAUUCGUGCACAUGCCAAUCAAAUUCGUGACCGUAAAGAUCAAGAAAAUGAGUUAUCUUUAGAAAUAUGUGCUUCCGAAGAUAUCGCCAACGAAAAGUGUUUAGUUGAUGCAUUUGGCCUCUACGAAACAACACCUAAAGAUGUGGUCGAAAUAACUAACAACAACAUGGUUUCGACUCCAAAUCAAUCUUUCAACAAAGUAACCGAGAUUGCAAUCCCUCAAACUGAGAAGCACAAUGAGGCAGUUGUUCCGUAUACCCGACCAAGGCGUACUAGACAUCCUAUUGACCGUUAUAGACCCUAG